CGCUCACAAAAUCAGAGUGGGAGAAUUUCCUUUCUUGAAACCCCACGUUCUUCUUCUUCUCCUCUUCAUCCUUCUUCCCUUUCCACCACAAACCUUUCAGACAAGACAAAAUGGCGGACGAAGUGUAUGACGGUGCCAUUGGCAUUGAUCUGGGUACUACCUACUCCUGUGUUGCUACCUACGAGGGUACCAAUGUCGAGAUCAUCGCCAACGAGCAGGGUUCUUUCACCACCCCUUCUUUCGUUUCCUUCACUGAUAAGGAGCGUCUGAUCGGUGAGGCCGCCAAGAACAACGCUGCCAUGAACCCCCGCAACACUGUCUUCGAUGCCAAGCGUCUGAUUGGUCGUCGUUUCGAUGACCCUACCGUCAAGAAGGACAUCGAGUCUUGGCCCUUCAAGAUUGUUGAUGACAACGGCAGCCCCAAGAUCGAGGUUGAGUACCUCGGCGAGAACAAGCAGUUCUCUGCCCAGGAGAUUUCCUCCAUGGUCCUCACCAAGAUGAAGGAGAUUGCCGAGACCAAGCUCGGCAAGAAGGUCGAGAAGGCCGUCAUCACUGUUCCUGCCUACUUCAACGACAACCAGCGACAGGCCACCAAGGACGCCGGUUCCAUUGCCGGUCUUAACGUCCUCCGUAUCAUCAACGAGCCCACUGCCGCCGCCAUUGCUUACGGUCUUGGUGCCGGUAAGUCCGAGAAGGAGCGCAACGUUCUCAUCUACGAUCUCGGUGGUGGUACUUUCGAUGUCUCCCUCCUCAACAUCCAGGGAGGUGUCUUUACCGUCAAGGCUACUGCCGGAGACACCCAUCUGGGUGGACAGGACUUCGACACUAACCUCCUUGACCACUGCAAGAAGGAGUUUGGCCGAAAGACCAAGAAGGACCUUUCUGGCGAUGCCCGUGCUCUCCGACGUCUCCGAACUGCUUGUGAGCGUGCCAAGCGUACUCUCUCCAGCGGUGCCCAGGCCACCAUUGAGAUCGACUCUCUCUUUGACGGCGAGGAUUUCACCAUGUCCAUCACCCGUGCCCGUUUCGAGGACCUUAACGCCAAGGCUUUCUCUGGCACCAUUGAGCCCGUUGCUCAGGUUCUCAAGGACGCCCAGAUCGAAAAGAAGGCCGUUGACGAGAUCGUCCUCGUCGGUGGUUCCACCCGUAUCCCCAAGAUCCAGAAGCUUCUCUCCGAGUUCUUCGACGGCAAGAAGCUCGAGAAGAGCAUCAACCCCGAUGAGGCCGUUGCAUACGGUGCCGCCGUCCAGGCCGGUAUUCUGUCUGGCAAGGCUACCUCCGCUGAUACUUCCGACCUCCUUCUCCUUGAUGUCGUUCCUCUGUCCCUGGGUGUUGCCAUGGAGGGUAACAUUUUCGCUCCCGUCGUUCCCCGUGGUACUACUUGCCCUACCCUGAAGAAGCGAACAUUUACCACAGUUGCCGACAACCAGCAGACUGUCCAGUUCCCCGUAUACCAAGGAGAGCGCGUGAACUGCGAGGAUAACACUUCCCUCGGAGAGUUCACUCUUGCCCCUAUCCCUCCCAUGCGUGCCGGUGAGGCCGUCCUCGAGUGUGUCUUCGAGGUCGACGUCAACGGUAUCCUCAAGGUCACUGCUACCGAGAAGACCUCCGGUCGCAGCGCCAACAUCACUAUCUCCAACUCUGUCGGCAAGCUCACCACCGACGAGAUCGAGAAGAUGGUCAACGAUGCUGAGCAGUUCAAGAGCAACGAUGACGCUUUCCAGAAGAAGUUCGAGGCCAAGCAGCAACUCGAGUCCUACAUCGGCCGUGUUGAGGAGAUCGUCUCUGACCCCACUCUGUCUCUUAAGCUUAAGCGUGGCCAGAAGGAGAAGAUCGAGAGCACUAUCAGCGACGCCAUGGCUGCUCUUGAGCUCAACGAGUCUUCCGCUGAGGACCUCAAGAAGCAGGAGCUUGCUCUCAAGCGCCUUGUCACCAAGGCUAUGUCUUCCCGAUAAAUACACAAUGUUGUUAGGAAUUGCAGCAGUGUAGAUAUUUUGGAGUACUGAUGCUGGAGCAAAGAACCGAGCACCCUCGACGCCUCGCGAGGGGCGAUUGGGUUUACGACUGGCCACGGUGGAUUUUCCUUUGUCGUUACGGUAAUUGGACGAGGAGAAGCCAAGGCAUAUGAAAAGUUCUGCAUGUUUCAUGGGUAUGCCGCGCUAGGACAUGGGCGGCUAUGACUACUAAAAUGAGAGCUGAUGGAAAAAUGGUCCAAGGAUGGUUGUGGGCUUGUUGGGCCAGAGCCUACAAGAGCGGUUGAUGGCCUGUGAAUUUAAGCAUAGACAGGGUAGAAUGCAGACACGGAAUGAUGCUUUUUUACCUACUUAAUUGUUUGUACUCAAGUUGCUUUGUGAUGUUCUAUGAUGGCCACUUGACUGGUCAUGAUGAGUUAUGGUAAUUGUUGCUGCCACCCAUAUGUUUGGAAAUUGCAAGUAUGUUAUUCUACUAUUACUCUUGAGUAUCAUCAAAGAUAUACCAUGUUGUAUUUCAAGGACGGCAAAUGCUUGUCAAGAUUGCUCUCAG